ACUUACCGUGGCUUGUAUUUGCCAUGUGACGAUUUGUCGAGUUUAUACUAUUACUUUUGGGGGUCUCCGUGGACCUGUUCCCAAUGAGUGCAGUUCAGUGCUAGAGACCGGUUCGUUACGUUCAAAGCAAAGUGUUGUGAGCGGUAAAAAGUCACGAACUAUAUAGCCCUGUAGUACUAAUAAUUGUAAUAGGUUUAAGUAGUGAACACCACACGCAUACAUAAGUGAAAAGUUCGGUUUUGCUUUGAAAACAAACAACAAGAUAAAAAAAACAAAAAAAAAAAACAAAAAAAAAAAACAAAAGUGACCACUAGAAAAAAAAUAGUGCGGAAAACACCUCCUGGGCUAAAUAAUAACUCCUUGUGCGUUGCUGUGGUUGUGCACAACACUUACUGCAAUCAUAAACUAUUCCUGCAACUCAACCACAAGUUUUCAGCGAAAAUCGCGGAAUAAAGAAAAAAUUGAAUUGAACCGACAAACAAAACGACUUCAAUUAUCAGGUUAACUAGUUGGCGACCUUUUUUGAAAAGUUGUGUGGAUUAUUUCAUUAUUUAUGUACCGCAUAUAUAUGCAUAUACAUGUACAUGCGUAUACGUGUAUAUAGAAAAAAUCCUUUUUUAUAUAUCUGCUGUUGGCAGAGUCGGCCGCUAGUUUGCAUUCCGAAAGUCAUAUCAUUGCAAUUGUAAUAAGAGGGAACCGUAUGCUUACAAUUUAAUAUAUAGUUGCAAACAAUAUGCCCUCAACAAGCCGUAUAACUGAUGCCAUAUUAACAACAACAGCAACUGCUGCCACAUAUCGUAACAAUAACACUGUUCUGUUGCCAUCGUUGGAGCAAAGAUUACAAAUGCCGCCAACACCGUCACAAAUACUAUCGCCAGAUAUAGCUAUUCUCCCUGAAAUUAAUAGCUCUAGUUUAAUACCCACAAUAGGCCAAAUAGCUUCCGUUUUAGUUUCAAACUUCCGGUCUCCUCCAGUAGCAGCAACAACCUCGGCAUCGACAAUCGCUAACUCAACGUUGCCGUCAACCCCCCUCAGCCACCAUCGUUUUCAUCAUCGGUCAUCGCACCAUCAAUAUCAGGAAACAGACUUAACAAUAUCAUCAACAACGUCUGCUGUCAGUAGCAGCAGUCAUUCAUCGUAUUAUCCUACAUUUAACCCGCCUGACAUUGAAAGUUUAGUUGCCAGCUCCGCUGAAGAAUUUAGUAACAAUUUUCGUGAUCUAUCGUUUGAUGUAUUUGAUGACAAUGACAAUGAUUUGUUUGGCUCACCAUUGGCAUUUGAUGCUAGCGAGAAUGGCCUAUGGAAUGGUCAUUUUGUUCCACCCCCACCACGUCCGCCGUUUUUUGUCGAUGAGCCGGUGUUGACUGAUGGAUUGACAACAUGUGAUUUGUGCUCUUGGGCGAUGCCAACGAAAAGCACAUUUAUAUUUGAGGGAACAAUGGAAAAGGCCUCAGAACUGGGCUGGCCCCUUACCUUAACGAUUGUUUCCAUAUUAUCAGCGCUCUUGGGUGCAAUUAUCAUGAUAACUAUUGUCAAAUGCAGAAGGAAAAAAACAUCACAUCAACGUAGCGCCGACACGCAUGUACAAUGGUGGUCACGCAAUAAACGGCCAAACGGCAAUAACAAUCAUUUAAGGCGCAGUAACAUUUACACAGCUCAUCCCGCCGAUAGUAUAAGGGGUUUGCAACAAAAUUCAUUGUCGGCCGCAUCUUCGAUAACCGCCAUGACUGCGGCCAUAGUUAAUGCUGCUGCUGCCUCACCGGCUUCAGUCACACAAAUGCCAUUCUAUCACCAUAGCCAAAUGCAGCAGAUGCAGCAAUUGCAGCAGCAGCAACAGCAACAUCAUUUCGAACAUAAAUAUCACCAACCUCAGGAAUUACACGUACAGCCGCAAUCAACGGAACAAACCCUACCACCAACACAGCACCAUCAUAACCAUCAUCAUCACCACCAGCAUCAACAUCAGCAUAGUUCAUCUUCGUCAUCAACGACAUCAAUGCCCUCAUUGCUUAACAACAACAUGACACAAACUUUACAACAGCAGCUACAGCAGCACAUGCAAAUGCCAGAACAGCUACACUUGCCAUCGAAUGCUCAGCCCCAACAUCAGCAGCAGCAGCAGCAGCAACAACAACAACAACAACAACAACAACAUUUACAGCAUCAACAUCCCAUGCAGCCACAGCAUCAACACUCUUCCGAUAUACAAGACAAUCUGUUCCACUGGCCUAAUACGCUCGUGACCAGCUGAGUAAUAAAGACUGCGAAUGCUGCAUCUACAUGACAACAAGUAACCAUGACGCAACAACAGCUUCAACCGCAACCACAAUCACAGCAACGAAAACGGAAAAAGCAAGAUACGGAUAAUAAUAAUGAUGAUGACGACGACGACGACGACGACGAUGGCGACGAUGGCCGCCACAAUGACAGCGCUAAGAACGACGAUGAGCAUCAACAUCAUCAAACCUUUGUUAUCGCUAAUGCCUGUUCAUCAACAUCAUCACCGACAAGUGAAUUUGAAUGGGCACGAGCUGAAAGCUUAAAAAGUCUAAACAAUGACUGGAUUUGGCAAUAAUCUCAACUCAGCUCAAUGCUGUGCACAGAAACCUCAUGCGUGCUCUUGUGCUUAGAGAAUAAUUAAAUAGCAUAAAAAAAAGUUACAGCAAUAAACUGAAUCCGCAUCAGUGUGCAUCGUACGUAAGUGCAAUAACGUAUGCUUUUUGUUAUACAAAAACCUUGAAAUUUUCCAUUUCUAACAUGAAAAUUUAUUUACCCUACAAUCAUUCCGCAAAUCACGCACUCCAAUAAGCUAUUGCUGCGAUUUUCAUAUUUUCAACUCUUUAAUAUAAGACGCAACCUUAACAUGGUACAUCACGCUACUACUAAUAUACAUGAAUGAUUAAUUGCUCAAUUUAUUGAAGGAAAAAUUCUUCCUUUUCAAAAAAUAAUUUAUUUCAGUUUCGCCUUUUAUUAAAACGCCUUAAAUAGUCGAUAAGGUAAGAAAAUGUUAAGCGAAAUUGCUUCGUAUUUUAUGUCUAUUUCUGUCUUUUUCUCUUUGGUUUAAUCUUUUUCAUAAUCGUUGUGCAAACCUAAUGCGAUGUUCCGUAAAUCUUGGGUCAUAACUUUAAUUGCGUUAAGUUCAUUCUGUGAGGUUAAAAGUUUCGUAAUUUCUUCAAUGUAAAUUUCUCCAUAAAGCAUACAAGGCAUGGGCACCAUAACUUUCUCUUAGCACAGUGCAUUAUUUGCGCUUUUCACGACGUAGAGAAUGAUUUAAUUGUAACGUAUCUCUAAUACUAGUAAGAAUUUCGUAAUAACUAAGCAUAGAAAUAAGUCGCGAUUUCUUGCACAUUCCGAGCUAUUCUUCUUAGUCAAGCGUCAAAGAAGCCGCGUCGAAUUUUUCUUUUUAAUUUUUUAUUGGCUUCCUAAGUAGAGCUUCGAACAAUCUAUGAAACCAUUUGAAAACUCUACUACUGCUUAAUGAAACUGUGCGGAUUAAUGGGCCAAGAUGCCCAUUGAGUCCAUUCCUCGGCAUGUUCUCCCGAACAUUCAUCCAUGAAAUGAUCUCGGGAGACGUUCGUUUAAUGUAAGGCGAUGCAUAAAGUCAUUUUUUCAGAUGCAAACGCUGUUAAGAAAGUUUUCCCUCCUAAGAGGACUAACAAUAUUAUCAAUAAAUGUCUUACACUUGACUAAUAUCGUCAUGAAAAUAUAUAUAAAAUAUGUAAUCGAAACUCUUGUGGCAUCUUGUGUGCUGAGCCGGCUACACUCUAACAACUUUUACCCGCGAAUAAAACAUUCACACAAUUACCUAAUUUAGUAAAGGUUUCAAUUCAUGGCGAUUCAAUGUGGAAAAAUUGGUUCAUUGGUAUUUGCUAUUUGCCAUUGAACGAUGACACUCUAUCGUCUAAUUCAGCACAUAUUGUUAUAUAUAUCGUAUCAUGGCAUGUCAAAUUUUCCACUGUAUUGUAAACAAACAAAAAAUAUAUAAUGGGCCGCGUACAGCGAAAAAGGGAGAUGGUAAUCGGUGACGAGAACGCGUCCAAUACACUCAACUUUAUUGUGCUUAUGUAUAGGCAAGUAUUCUAAAGACAUUAUUCACCGCGCGACGUACUCCCUUUACUGGACCUUGGCGCCAGGUGUCUCUCGGAGAUGU